AUGAGCAGCAAUCCGAUAGUAUCUCCCUCUCUGUCACACGAGCGCCGGGGCUCAAGUGUCUCCCUGUCCAUCUGCAGACAAAAGCCGGUGUCAACGUCGCCCGUCAUUUACCCACCGCCAGGUUACACCACGCCCCUGGAGAGGCGGAGCCAGGGCGAGGAGUAUUGCCAUCAGUGCAGGAGAGGCGAGCGGAGAGCUCGCAAGGGACAAGUGGGCGAUGGAGAGGAGAGAUCAAACUUCAGCUGCAAGUCAUCAACAAGCAGUGAGUUGUGUUUGGAAGAUGUGCCCAAUCCCUUCUUGGUCACCAUGCACAUCAUCACCAACCCGGGCGGUGCACCAGCCUUGCAGAAAGCUGUUGACAGCCUGGUGACUUGGAUUGACCCCAGCUUGCGGCUCUUCGUGGCCUCCGAGCGCGGUUCCGCGCUGCCGGUGGGAAGCGUGGCUGACGAGGACCAGCCGGCGCUCGCUGUGAUCAUCUUCGUCCGUGAAGAGUGCGGGCAGCAGAUCUCCCGGCUGCACGAGUGUUUCCUCCACCCGCCGUGGCAGUACCAUCACACCGAGAGGGUCAAGGGCAGGAUCCUCCCUUACAUGCCCAGGAACCAGGACUUCUUCACCCUGGCUGACCACGCCAUUCUCUGGGCCGUCAGGCAGGUUCACUACGGGAAAGAAAUCAUCCGCCUCACCCUUUACUGCAGCUUUGACAACUUCGCCGACACAGUCGGGAUGUACGAGCUGAUCCUGAGACGCGAGGCGUCGAAGUACAGGUCGGACUUUGUUUUCUUCACCGUCUACUCCAGCAUGGAGGUGGAGAUUCAGCUGUCUUUGAAGCGGCUGCCAGCAGGUCGGCUCCCAGCUCCAUGCCCGUCCAACGCUCUAGAGUUCAGAGUUCACGCGGUGGGCUGCCUGGUCCCUCUCCUGCCCAAUCCCUGUAGCCCCAUCAGUGAGAAACGAUGGCAAACCGAAGACUACGAUGGCAACAAGCUCCUGUUGCAGGUGCAGGAUUUGUUCAGAGGUCCGUGGAGAAGGAGGGGAGUUCCUCAGUUCACCGCAGUGAGGAGUAACUCCUUCACUCCCCUGUGUACAGUGAUGCCUCGUGGUUUGGGCUGUGCACCGGAACGAUGUGGUCAACACCAGCUGAGUAGCCACAAGCCCCACCAGUCCAGGGCGCUUGGUCGCUUCUGUGGGAGUUCUCAAGAAGAUCUCUGGGGUGGUAAAGAAGGGGACACCAGGAGACGUGACAGCAGUUCCUCUGGGUACUCGCGGACAGCCCAGCGCAGCAAGUCCCUGUUCUGCCUGCCGACUUUCACCGGAUCAGUUUCCUCCUCGUUGUCUUCAUCGCCGCUGGGCGAGAUGGCUCUCUCUCUCUGUGACCACCGUCGGCUGACCAGAGUCCCGGCCCGAGGCGUCGUGCAGGGUGUGGAUGGCAUGGCGGAGACAGAUGUGGACACAGGGAUAGCCACCUCCUGCUCCGAUCUCUCUGUCUCCACACUGGACAGCUUCAGCCAGGACUUGAAGGUUGCUCUUCCCUCCUCACGGAAGUGCAGCAGGAAUCUGGCAUCCGGUCUCUUCAACUCCUCAUUCUCGGCAAGACACCCACUCCCUUCCCUUUAUGUGCAGAGUCCUGGUUCCUUCCCUCACUUCCAAGAGUUCUCCCCCUCCCGUCUAAAGCCGCGCUCUCCAUCUCCCCGGGACCCCAUUACCACCUCUUGGCUCUGCCACAGAGCAAAGCGGUCGUCGUCUCCAGUAGCAAACUGUCCUGCUGGGAACAAAAGGUGCCCCGAAAGCCAACAGGCCAACACUUGCCAAGACCCAGAGCAGGAGUUCUACAUCUGACCCAUUUGGUAGGGCCCUGGUCUCCUCCUGUUGGCGAUAGGCACGGUGAAUGGUAGAACACAAACAGCAGGCAUCAGAUUAUUCUGCUGCAGUGAAAGACAGGCCACUGUGCCCUUGCAGGAUACGGUGAGGUUUGGAUAUUACUGAUUUAACAAAUGCAACUGUUCAUAAGCAUCCAAGAUGAGAGGAGAUCUAAAUGAAAUAUUCCUUCUGAACUGACCACGUUUUACACGUCCAACAAGACAUACUUGCCAGAAAUCCAAAGAGCAUUGAAGGCUUCAAGAAUGAAACCAUGUUGUGUUUACAAGGAUUAAUUAAUUACCUGAUAGAGGGGAAUGGAGGCAGGUUACAAAAUGUGUCAUUAGAUCAUUCUUAACAGUAUCUGCAAUUCCUUUCUGUUAAAAUGUGCAAAUUUGUUUUAUAAUUCUCCGAUUUCAACCAGAUAAUGGAAUAUUUUUGGUCAUUGACAUUAUUUUAGCAUUACUAUUGAUACAAACCAAAUUAAGUUUGCAGUCAGCGAAUUGAGAUCUUCCUGAUUUGACCGGGUCAGUUGAGAAGAACUGCAGCAGAUUUAACAGAGGUUUGUUAGACCUCAAACAUCGCUGGUUUCCUCUGUGUCACACAGCUGUGAUCAUCACCAAUGCAGAUCUAAUCCAAGUGCUGACCAAGGUCAGAUAAUAACACACAAAGCUGGAAACAUACAACAGCCUUGUCAGUAUGUCUCCACAGAUGCCACCUGACCUGCUGAGUAUUUCCAACAUUUAAACACAGAACGCUACACCUUAGGAACAGCCCUUUGGCCCACACUGUGCGUGCCAAAUGUGAUGUCAGGUCACAUCUGCCUCCAUGUGAUCCAUAUCCCUCCAUUCCCUGCAUAUCCAUGCGCCUAUCUAAAAGCUUCUUAAAUGCCACUAUCGUAUCUGCCUUCGCCCCUAAUAGCCCAUUCCACCACUCUGUGUAAAAAAACUUUCACUGCACAUUGCCUUUAAAUAUUGCCCCUCUUGCCUUAAAGCUAUGCCCUUCAGUCUUUGCUACUUACACCCUGGGAAAUAGAUUCUGACUGUCUGCCCUAUCUAUGCCUCUCAUUAUUUUAUAUAAUUUCAAUCGCUCCCCUCAACAUCCUACACUUUAGAAAAAACAAUCCAGAUUUGUCCAUCUUCUCCUUAUAGUUAAUGCCCCGUAAUCCAGCUAGCAUUCUCACAAACCUCUUCUGCACCCUUACCAGAACCCUCACAUCCUUCCUAUAAUGGGGUGACCAGAACUGCACACAAUACUCCUAACCAAAUUCCUGUAUGGCUGCAGCAUAACAUUCCAUGGAGCUUCUGGAGACCUGGAUGCCAAGAUAC